AUGAAAUUUAUGCAAUCAAUGGACAAUAUUUUGGUAAGCCAGCUUCAAUCAUAUGGUCCUUAUUCAGGACGGAAAAGCAAGCUAGAAGCUAAAAUCAAAAAUUGUUUUUAUAAUGCAAAGCGAGCUUCAACAACUCCACCUAAAAAGGAAUAUUUGAGGUGUAGAAUUAUACGUGGCCAUAAGCGUAUUUUGCGUCAGAUUAAAAACCAAAAGAUCCCAACAAGAACAAUAAAUUCCUUUGACCCUAAAAACCCUACAGCAAUGAAAAUUUGGAUGAAGCUAACAAAGGUUUUCCACAAGCACGAAGAAGUCCUUUUUCAAAUCAGCAAGACAGAAAAUGGCCCGAAAACAGAUGGAAAAUCUAAGAGAAAAGAAAAAUUUAAGGCAACUGCGAACAGUUUUAAUUCAGGAUUCUGCAAGGAAUACUUCACUCCUUAUGGAGUGAGAGAAUCUUACUAUUACUAUGUUGAGCUUUUAUUUGUUGACUUAAAUCCUAGAAUUCUUUGUGAUAAGUUUGAAUUUAAUUGCUGCAGAGGAAAUCACGACUUUCAGUGCCUAGAAAAAUGAUUGCUAAUGAAAAAAUACAUCAGCCAUUACAUGAUUGAAGAGCUUGGCUUGGAACCAUUUUUUCCUAACUCUCCUACUCUUCCGGAGCGAAUAAAACUAUUGGAUAAAAUCAUUAUUUUUGGGUAAAUACCCACCUCCAUGAGAAAACAAACAUUUUUAAUUACUUUGGCAUAUAAGUAAUAAUUAUUAUAUCAAAUCUCUAGCUAUUCCGUAUAAUUUCAAAAAGUUACAUUAAAAAGCAAUUAAAUAAAUUUUUGAUGAAUUUUGUUAAUUUUGAGGAAAAAUAAAUUUGCGAUAUAAAAUUUAUAACUGUUCACGGAAGAGAAGUAAGUCGCUUCAUAGCUACUCCAUGCCUAGUCUCCUUUCUAAUGAUUGCUCUAUAAUCCACUCUCUCUACUCAAGCAGCUCAAAUUAA